UGUCUCCGGACUGGUCGACUCUUUCUCUCUCUCUCCCUCCUUCCCUCUCUCUCUCUCUCUGUCAUCGUAAAUCGUAGACGACGACGAAGAAGCCAUCAGAGGAACACGAGAAAGCUCCCCGACAUUUUUGUCUACCCCUUUAAGGUUUCGAGGCACUUGCCCUUUUCUGCAUUUUUGCUGAUAGCGCUCGGCUCCGCCUCAGCUCUUGUCCGAUCCGAGCUCGUCCGCAAGCGCGCCGUCCCGAGCUGAUCUUUGCACCCAUGAACUGAAGAAAGAGAAGCUUCAAGGUUCUGUUUUUGUCUGCGCUUUUUCGUUGGAGGGAUUUGGUUGGUUUUUGCGGGAGGUGAGCUCUUCUUUGGUUGCUGCGAAGCUGAGGAAAUGCGAGGUGAAUUGAGGGCAUGAGUUCUUGUGCUCCGUGUUAGUGUUCAAGAUGGAGUAAAGGAGAGAAAAAGAAGAAGAAGAAGAAGAGUAUUUCCUUUUGAAACCCUUCUCUGCGCAAAUCAUUUCUGGAUUUGCCAGAUCUAAAUCAAGCCAAGUAUAUACAAUGCCGAGAAGUAAUCGAGCCAUGGAUACUCUAAUCCCUGCUAAAGUUAGGAAACGCGGGUCUUCACCGGCCGCAUCGUCCUCUUCAUCUAUAGUCCAGCAUUAUAGAUUCAAGAGGGCCAUUUUAAUUGGUAAAAGGGGUGGUUCUACCACUCCGAUGCCCACGUGGAGGCUAAUGAGUUCCCGAUCCCCAUCUUUGGCUCAGCGGACCAUGGAGUCCCCUCAGUUCUCGCCUUCUCGAAGUGGCAAAGGGAAGCUUCAGGAGCCGGUUUCGGCGAGGAAGCUGGCUGCCACUCUCUGGGAAAUGAAUGAGAUGCCGUCGCCGAGAGUGAGGGAGGGAUUGGAAGGAAGAAGGUUGAAGAAGGAGGGGAGAGGGAGAGAGAGGAUUGCCAGUUCAGUGCGUUCAGGUUCUCUCCCUCCACAUUUGUCCGAUCCGUCUCACAGUCCUGUUUCAGAGAGGAUGGAUCGAUCUGGAACAGGCAGUCACAGGAGAAGAUCAUCAUCCUUUUCCCAAAGGCUUAGGGUGACAGAGCAGAAUGUUGGCGCUCUUGGUUCUAUUAGCAAUGGCAGUUUAAUGGAGACAGAAAACAAAUCUCAACCCCAGACACCUCAUGGCCAGAUUGUAGGAGUAAAGACUCGUCUGAAGGACGUUAGCAGUGCCUUAACCACAUCAAAAGAGCUGCUAAAGAUUAUAAAUCGCAUGUGGGGCCCUGAAGAUCGGCCCUCGUCAAGCAUGUCUGUCAUGUCAGCUUUGCAUGCUGAACUUGAGAGGGCUCGCUUGAUGAUUAAUCAAGUUAUCCAGGAACAACGCUCAGAACAGAGCGAAAUAAAUUAUCUGAUGAAGUGUUUUGCCGAAGAAAAGGCAGCAUGGCGAAGCAAAGAGCGGAAAGUGGUUGAGGCUGCCAUUGAGUCUGUUGUUGGAGAACUUGAAGUAGAAAGGAAGUUGAGGGCACGGAUUGAGAGCUUGAACAAGAAACUUGGAAAAGAACUAGCCGAGUCAAAGGCUUCUCUGCUUAAGGCUGUUCAGGAACUUGAGAGUGAGAAGAGAGCGAGAGAGAUAAUUGAACAAGUCUGUGAUGAAUUAGCUGGGACUGUCGGUGAAGAGAAAGAUGAGGCAGAAGCCAUGAGGAGGGAAACUCUGAAAAUCCAUGAAGAAAUGGAGAAGGAAAGAGAGAUAAUACAAUUAGCUGAUGGGAUACGAGAGGAUAGGGUCCAGACGAAGCAUUCUGAGGCUAGGUAUCAAAUUGAGGAGAAAAAUGCCGCCAUUGAUAAAUUGAGGAAUCAACUUGAAGCUUCAUUAGGAACCAAAAAGUCCAAAGAAAAAAGUCGACGUCCACCAAGUCAUGCCAAUAAGGUAGAUAUCUCAGACUACUUGAGUAGAAGUUGUCUCGGUGCUCGUUACAGUGAAGAAAAAGAGGACGAUGGAGGAGACAUAGAAGAUGGGAUCGAAUGCAAAGAAGAUUCUGCUGAAAGUGAACUUUAUUCUAUGCAAUUUGAUGUAAACCCCCAUAACAAGAGCUACAAGUGGACCCACACUCACGUUGCUCCGCCAGCUGAAGAAGAGAUGAAAGCAAGGAAGUCAACCUCUGGAAGAGCACCGAGGAGAAGUACUUCCCUGCAGAGGAGCAUAUCUGAUGGAGUGGAAUGGGGCAUUCAAACAGAGAGGUUUCAAAAUGGCGGAAACGAAUUAGAUUGGGAAAAGCUGCAGGUAGAAGGUUAUGGAGAUGAAAUGCAUGCAUACAAGUUGGUAAAGGGUCUGAGGGAUCGAAUGCUGUAUGGUCCUACCACUGGGUCUCCACGAGCUUUGGGUACUCCAACGAGACGACGGCAAGAGCCUGCAAAUGAUGUGGACAACAUUGCUCAGGAGAGAACUGAUCUGGUGCCCGGCUGUGUGGGGAAGUCAAGGCUAGCUGAGGCUCGAACUGAUGUUUACAAUGCCAGAAAAUCUAGGCGGUUCAGUAAUAAUUAGUGGUCUAUGAGAUGAGAGAGAGCAGAGACGCCGAGCUGGCAUGGCGGAAGUGAUUUCCUACUUGCGGCUGCAAUGAGAUGAGCGGAGUGUGUGCGUGUUUCCCCUGCGAGGCAGAAGCAUUAGCAGUAUUUUCUAUGAGGAGUUUUUGCGCUGUAGAGAGCUUUCGUUUUGUAACCGAGUGAAGUUCCUUAUGUAUAGGAUUAACUAUUAUAAGCAAGAAAAAUCCGGACCUUUUUUGUA